CACCUAGUUGAAGUAAGCAAAGCGGUAGCAGACGUCAUUACUGAAUGCGGAGAAGAAGUGUGGGAGAACGGAACUCUACAAUCUCUGGUCAAGGACUAUUUUAACAGUACCAUGGAGACUUUGAAGAUUUUCGAGACUGUAACGCAAUGCGUCCAUGAAGCAAAAAGGGGCCAACGUUACAUUAAAGCGGCCGUGGCACAGUUUAAAAAAGACUCGGAAGAAAAGGAUGUUGGUGUCAAAAAGAAGAGGUAUGGGAAAACCUUGGAGGAGCUGAUGAAGUUUAAAGCCAUGGGAAAUCCUUUUGAUGACGGCCUGCUCAAGACUCAGUUCGAGUUGAUGAACAAACAGCAGGAAUCUCUUUUUGAUAGAGUGACUGAGACUAAAGAAAGGAUUGCUAAGGAAAUUGAAGAGGUUCAGAAAAGAAUUAGUAAUGUAAACACAGCGACUAUAGUUUCGCACGUGGUUUUUGGCGCUGCGGCUUUCGGUUACGCCGCCGGAUGUAUAGCUCUAAUGUGUACAGGCGUGGGUGCCCCUCUGGGCGCUGGAAUGGUUACAUUAUUACCAGUGAUUGUGGUGCAAUGGGUGGGUGUCAAUUAUGUCUUGAAUAACAGUUUAGAAGCUCUUCAGAAACAGCUUAAAGCUCUGAACAAGGUGAAACCUAUACCAGAAAGGAUAACUGAGGGUAUGGAAGCCGACAAAGAAGGUAUGAAGUCCGUACCUGAACAAGUCGACGAGCUAAAAGAUCAGAUCUCGUCUCUGUUGCAAACUGUGGAUGAUGCUAUUGGGAGUGAAGGAGAUGAGGUGGACGUGAAACUAGACAUGGAAAGCCUCGAGGAUGAUGUGAAGACAUUAACAACGAAAAUCACGGAGGUUUGUGAAACUGUGGCUAAAUAUAGCAAAAUUAUCAAAGAGGCGAGACUUCACGUUUUGGAGAAGAUCACUGGUACUGGAUAA